AUGCUGAGCCUGGCCGCUGCCCAGACGGCCCCACCGCCUCGCCGCCCCAGCGGACGCCCGGCCGAGCGAAGAGUGCCCCGCGAUGGUCGCCGACCGCGGCUGCACCGGCGGAGUUGGGCGGCCGCGACGGCUGCGGUGUUGGGCUUGAGCUCCAAAAGUUGCAGGGCCAAGAAAGUCGUGAAGAUCCACAGCGUGGAUGAGCGCGAAGUGGAAGUUCCCAAAGCGAACCCGGAGAGUCUGAUGGCUCACUCCUUGGAGAAGUUCUCCUAUCCUGCACGAUGGCCGUACACCGAGCAGGACUUCUUCCGCUUGGACCGCUCCGAUGAUGCGGAGUUCUACGCCGAGCCGAGAUUUGUGAAGCACUUGGACGAGAAUACCUUGAAGGCCUUGACGGACUUCUACUCGGUGGUCUUCCCUGAUAGACCCUUCACAGCGCUGGACAUUUGCUCCUCUUGGAUCUCUCACUAUCCACAGCAGCCGAAGCCGACCAGGCUGGCGAUCACCGGAAUGAAUGCAGAGGAGUUGAAAAGCAACGUCUCGGCCUCUGAUUGGACGGUCCAGGAUUUGAACCUGGACCCCCGGCUGCCUUACAAAGAUGCAGAGUUCGAUGUGGUCACCAACGUGGUCUCGGUGGACUAUCUGACGAAGCCGUUGCAGGUCUUUCAGGAGGUUGGACGAGUGCUUCGACCAGGAGGGCUGGCCAUCGUGGCCUUCUCCAACCGGUGCUUCCUCUCCAAGCUGGUCUCCAUCUGGAGCGUGGGCGAUCCUGACGACCGUGCGGAGGUGGCAGCAAACUACUUUCAUUUUGCUGGAGGGUUCAAGGAUGCCGAGGCAGUGGAGCUUCUGCUGCAGAUCUUUUCUUCGAUCUCUCGCCGCGGAGUGGCGAUCCGCUCUUCGUGGUUUCGGCGGUGA